AAUUUCAAGACAUAAACUAAUUCACAAAUGAAAACAGAAAAACAAACUUUAUUCAAGAUUAUACUGACAUUCACUUCAUGCAGCCAACAAAUUAAAAGAUAAAUGGAAACACUGCGCCAGUCAGCAUCUCAACACAGCUAUGGCAAAGGCUUGAAUGCAUUCCUGGAAGCAUAGUAUACAACACCAAAGAAGUGCUAAGGAAAUUUUGAAAAAAAAAAAAGGAUGCACCUGACAAGUGUUGAUACAUUAAAAGCAACGCUGAUGACACGAAUGAAAAGGAGUGAUCAGAACUUUACCUUGAAAGCAAUUUGAUAUCGUUUGUUAGCGCAGAUUCCAUUCCCUUCCCCAUGGAAGGAUUGCCUUAAUGUGUCAGAAUAAUUAUGUGAGGAUUAUUCUUUACUUUCAGUGCAUGCUUCUUUUCUUUUGUCCCAUUUCAAUUUGCAGCAGCACUUAGUGCUCCACUUAGAACAAAAAGAACUUAAGGUGUAAGAAAUGGGCUCAGCUGCUGACAGCCGGGGAAACAUACUAAGAUCACUUGGAGGGUCUUCAAUAUUAUAAAUGGGAUUUUUAUGCACGUAGUCUCAUUACUUUCUGUUUUGUCAUUGGCGGCAGUUAUGCACUGUUUUGCGUUCAUGAGCUUUGUUACGCAUACAAUUGGGCUAGCAGGUUGCCUGUGUAUAAAUCUGAAGGAAAUGUGUGCACCUUUCAGACUCAAAUGGAGUCAAGUAUUGCACGUGUUUAACGAAGCUGUUGCCUUCAGGAUAAUUAGGGACGUUAGAGCUUACUUGUUUAUUUGCAGCUGAUGACAUUCACAUUAUAACUAAUAAUGCUGAAUGACGUUAUGUUUUUCUGGAAGCAAUGGUGUAGCUUUGAUUUAUAAUGUCACAUUGUGUAGUACUCUUUUAUGUUUAAUCAAUAUAAUUUAUUGCUUACACGCUAUCUGCGCAUUAUGAUCCUAACUUGAGAUUCCUUCAAUGCCACACAGGUCUGGGAUCGAAAACCUUGAGCAGCUAACUUCAACAGACUUAAAACAAGCAUGGGGAAAACUGAAAUCGAUGUCCCUUUAUGAGCUAAGAAGGACAAGAGAUCUAUGCCAUGUACAAGGUGCACCAAGGCUCCGUUUAGUUAGACAGCAGGAAGCUUACAUAAAUACACAAGAUUAUUGCUGUUGCUCCGAACAGCACGCUUGCACUGCACAGCAAAGGGCGGUGCUCAUUCAGAGCAUGCCAAGGAUUACUGGCAGCAAGUGCCACAGCUUAUACAGAUUUCUGCCAAACGAAGAAUGCACAUGGGAUCAUAAGAUCACGAAAUACUUAACUAAAAUAUUUAAGGUUAAUAAUGACACACGCAAUGGGAAAUCAUGCGAAAGGCCAGCCACUGAAGAGUACACAAGAAAGACUGGAAAUGAAGUGACAGCACUUGGCUUUGUCAUUAAUCCUGUCGUUCCAUGGUUGGGCUUUAGCCCAUACGGUGUUGUCUUCAAGAAUGGGCAACUUUCUGUGCUGCUGGAAGUGAAGAGCCCCGUUCGGGGAAAACAAGCAAAAAUUUGUGAGCUCAUCAAAGACAACAAGCUACCAUACAUAAUUUCUGACAAAGAAAACUUCUCUCUUCGGCUAACACAGUCAUAUUUUUCACAAGUGCAGAUUGGCCUGCUUCUUCUGAACCUCAAAGAGGCGCAUUUCAUUGUUUACAGCCAUUGUUUACAGCGAAUCUCUAGUGAUUUGUGUAAAAAGAGACGACCAAUUCAUUGACAAUCUUGUGCGUCGAUUGCAAUGUGUUUACUUUGAACAUUUAUUGCCGCAGCUCGCCAAAUAUGAAAAAUAAGGUCAUGGCCCUCGACCCUAUGACGACCUAAGUGACUGUAAUGGUCACUUCAGCCUUAUGCAUUGUCCGAGGUCAGCUUAGACGUCUCGACUAUGCUCAUGGCUUCCCUUGACUGUUGUUUCUGCUAAAGUUACCAGUCCUUGUUACUUUUGAACAAGUCGCUUGCUUUGUUUUUGUCAACACUUGCUGUCACGAGCUGAAGUAGAAGAAAAAAAUGGCUGUGGCUUAGCUAAGGUUAAGCCCAGGAUGCGAAGCAUACUAGCCUUUAUUUUAGUUGUUGAACCACUGCUUAGCCUGGUGAACUGCUGUUGCUUGGCUAUAUUUGGUUCGGCUAGACGAAGAAACAACGCAUGCGUUACUCUGCUUCGCCUUCAAGAGUGGAACGCGAUAGCGUUCCCGUCGACCCGCCAAGGGAUGUAAGACAAUGGGCUACGGCGCAGCGACCACGCGCCCCGCAUUGGACGCGGUGAGCGUCGAGCAACGCAGCGUUCGGCGCGGCAACGAAAUGUGCGCCUGAGCAAGCGACGCACGCCUGAGCCUUAGAAACAGCUCGUUUCUAAGGCAACACCGCAUUCACUAGAGGCGCUUUUGUACCGCUUUGAAGCAUCGUACUCGUGGCUCAGUGGUAGCGUCUCCGUCUCACACUCCGGAGACCCUGGUUCGAUUCCCACCCAGCCCAUCUUGCAAGAGUUGAGCCAAAGCCACCUACAAAAUCAGUCUCUGUAGCACUCCGCAACCUUCGCUUCUCAUUCCAACGAGCAGCUCUGUCUCCAGGAGGCAUCUCACCUCGUGAGUGUCUAGCAGAGGCAAGCGCAGCUGCUUAUAUACCGCCGCGACGCCGCGAGCGACGGCGCGAGUUGGAGCCCCGUUUCUCCUCUGUCGUGACGUCACGGUGUCACGUGGUAUUGAAGGCGACACCGCCGCGCCUGAGGAGCUGGAUUGAGCUCUCGUAAUAUGCUUCGCAUAAAAGAACAGAGAGAAGAAGGAAGAGGAAGAAGGCUGACGUGACCUACAAGGAGCGAGGUCGCAAAUGGCAGAACACGGCUAGCGGAGAAGAAAGAAGUCAG